AUGGCGGCAAUGAUUCUUGCCCCGUUCGCACAUCUUCCGAUGAUGCAGCUAGUCGCGCUGGUUGUGCUGGCUUGCCUGCCCUUUGUCGGCAAGGCCGCUAGCCACAUUGACGUAGUGCAAAGCAUUACGACUGAUGGCCGUUGCCAGUUCUUUCAUACCUUUGAGAUGCUUUGCUCCUUUUGGAUCGUUUUGGGGUCAAAGAUAGACGGCACGCAGUACUUGGUCGAGGCCAAUGAAAAGAGCGGUACAAAUUUUAAUGUAGAUUCAAAGAUCUAUCGCUGGGAUGGCACUUCCUUCGUGGAGUUCCAGAGUAUCGCUACAUCUGGAGCAUUGGGCUGGGAAUCUUUUAUUAUAGACGGGACCCAGUACCUGGUCGUGGCCAACUACUACGAUGGUGCUUCCUACAACACCAACUCAAAGGUUUACCGCUGGAAUGGCACUUUCUUUGCAGACUUCCAGAGUAUCGCUACCGAUGGGGCAAAUAGCUGGGAAUCCUUCAUCAUCGAUGGAACCCAGUACCUGGUCGUGGCCAACUACCAAGGUGCCGAUUCGAAGGUUUAUCGCUGGAAUGGCGCUUCCUUCGUGGAGUUCCAGAGUAUAGCUACACAGAAAGCAUGGAGCUGGGAAUCCUUUAUCAUCGACGGGACCCAGUACCUGGUCGUGGCCAAUUACAACAAUGGUGCCGAUUCAAAGGUCUACCGCUGGGAUGGCACUUCCUUCGUGGAGUUCCAGAGUAUCGCCACAGAUGGAGCCGCUACCUGGGAAUCUUUCAUCAUCGACGGGACCCAGUACCUGGUUGUGGCCAAUUCCUACGACCAUGGUGGUGCUUCUUACAACGUCGAUUCCAAAAUAUACCGCUGGGAUGGCACUUCUUUUACAGAGUUCCAGAGUAUCGCUACAAGUCAAGCAAGGGCCUGGGAAUCUUUCAUCAUCCAUGACACGCUGUAUUUGGUCGUGGCCAAUCGCUACAAUGGUGCUUCUUUCAGCGUCGAUUCAAAAGUUUACCGCUGGGAUGGCACUUCCUUUGUAGAGUUUGAGAGCAUCGCUACCGAUGGAGCGAGUGGCUGGGAAUCCUUCAUCAUAGACGGCGCCCAUCAGUUUGCAUUCGCAGAUGCGAGCGCUUGGGGCCUGGGCGCUUUGGCCUUUUACCUUGCGGCCUUAGCCGUGUCUUUAGUCAUGGCCCGCCUUUGGGCUCGUGCAGGUGAAGCACCAGCCCAAGUGGCCCAAGAGGCUCGGAUGUUGGGCAAAGCCAUCCCGGACCCGGAGCACCAGACACAUCAGAUACCCGGAGCACAAGAUCACGAACAGAAAGAAGCAGAUACCGAGCAAACAGACCCUCCGGCACCCGAGGAGACCAUGCCGAUGUCCCGAAGGAUUCGACGUUCCUGCCAUGUGCUGACAUUGAACAUGGUAUUGGAGAGCGGGAAUCUGGUGCUGUUGUAUGUCCUCGGGGCAUACCAGCGAUCGACGCUGAUGGGAUUCACCGCUGCCUGUGGCUCUGGGCUCCUAAUGCCGGUGCGGAGCAGGGAAUGCCCAAAUGAAAGUGAAAUACUGGCGCUGCCUACGUGCCAUCAGGGCCUACUCACGGAGGCGUUUUGCGAAGCAGACAUCCAGGUCCCGAUGCCGGGCUGCCACGUCUCCCGCGAGCUGGAUAACUGCGGGCGGUAUGACAUCUACAGUAUGCAGAUGAUGGCUUGCAGUGACAUCGGGUGCUCAAGUGUGGCUUUCGGGCUUUGGUUCGUCGCACUCAUGUCGCUGGGCCUGACCAUUGUGUGGACCGCAGUGUUCUAUGCGAGGACGCUGGUCAAGCGGCUGGAACAAAGUAGGCAGCAGCUUUGGCAGAGGCGCAUUUGUGGCUUCAUGACGUCGCUGCUCCUCCUCAUUCUCAUCACCUACAUCGUUGGAAUCGAGGGCGGAACCAGCUCUGUGCUGGCCAUGGCCCUCCUUUGCCCGUUGCUGCUUUUGUGCGCUUGGGUUCUGGCACUUGAUGUCACAUUCUUGCCAGAGAAGGCAGAUUUCAAUCAGGUGGAAAGAGCUGAGGAGACCGAGCCAGAGCUGAAGAAGAGGAGGAGGAUGGAGGCUGUCAUGGGCAAAGCGGCCGCCUUGGAAAUCCCUUUCUUCAACGCUCUGAUGGCGAUAAAUUUGAAAGAGGAUGACGUGGAGCUGCUGCAUGAGUUUCGGGGACCUCUCAACACAGGACUCCGGGUGGUUGAAGACAUCCCUGAGCUCCUCGUGGCCUGCCUUGACUUGUACUACUUUGGGGGCGCCUGGUAUGCAUGGCUCGGAAUGACUUGCUCAUUUUUGAUGAUUGCGUUUCACUUAUGUGUCGGCAUGUUCUUGACUUGCCGCGAAGAAGCAAAGUCGGUGGCCCAACGAGGCUACACUAUGGACACAGAAUGA